AUGUAAGCAACAAAUUCUUCAGUGCAAUUUGGUUAGCUCUAUGAGCAAAAGAGAAUUCAAGAGAGAAACAUUCAGAUUGCUAAGAGUAUUCUUGAUAGCAUUGACUAGCUGGAAACCGAGCCAGAUGCAGUGAAGAGAUGGGGUUGGGAGCUUAUCCAAAAUGCUCAAGAUGCCUAUGAUGCUUCAAAACCAGUGAAAAUUAGAAUAAUCUUGGAAGAAGAUAAAUUGAGAUUCUUGCACAAUGGAAGGCCCUUCAGUCUCAAAGACAUUAUGAAUCUAGUUGAAAAGGGCUCAGAUAAAGAUAGACCUCAGUAUUAUAGUGAAACUCCUCAACCUGAUGAUGACUUUGAUUCUUUUGUUAACGCAAAUAACAGCAUUAACAGUACAUCUCUGCAGCAGUCAGAUAAUUAAGCUUAAAACUUGAAUCUUGAUGAAAUGGUCAUUCCAGAAACAACUGGCCGAUUUGGUACUGGCUUUCUAACUACAUAUUUACUAUCUAAAAAAGUUUCAGUUGAUGGUGUCUUUCAGCAUACGGACACAGAUUAGUGUCUUUAUAAGAAAUUCUAGCUUGUGCUAAACAGAGACACAAAAGAUGUCUAAAAAAUGCUAAGUAACAAUUAGAAAUCCUCAGAAAUUUUCAAAAACCUUGAUAAUCAUGAAAAAUGGCCAUUCCUAGAAGACUAUGAAUCUGGACUUGACUUUGAUACCUGCUUCACUUAUUAUCUUUCUGAGCAUGGUGUCAGAAAUGCUUAAGAAGGUCUAAAGAACCUGAUAGCAUCAACCCCUUAUGUGAUUGCCUUCAGCAAGAAAAUUGAGACUAUUGAGAUAUUUGAUAGAAUUGAAUAGUAGAAGCAGCAAUAUACUUUCAGAAUAGAUAGGAAUCCUGUAAUUACAUUAGGAGACAUCUAGAUCCUCAAAUAUUUCAUCAAUGAUGAAGAGAAAUAAAUGAUUCUUGCAUUCAAUAAGUACUCUUAAUUAGCUUGCUUUGUUUAAUAAAAAGAAGAUGGAAUGUAUGAAAUUGUUGAAAAAGAUUCUUGCAUUCCUAACUUCUUUGUUGACUAUCCUUUGAUCGGCUCUCAAUCACUUAAAUUCUCAGUAGUGUUCAACUCUCAUCUUUUCUAUCCCAAUGAAAAGAGAUCAGGCAUCUGUCUUGAUGAAAGCCUUGGUUUUAAGGCUUAACUCAACACUCUUGUAAUGCAAAAACUGUCUCAAUUAUUUUAGAACUUCUUGGACUUUGUAAUAAAUUAUGGAUUUUCAAGUGUCCAUCAUUUAAAGCUUUCUUCAAAUCAUCUAGUCGGAAAUUAAAAUAUGUUCCUUAAGAACUUGCUGAUUACUCCUAUUAUCUCAAAAUUCGUUGAGUCUGCAAUAAUAGAGUGCAAAGACGGGUUGGCUCCGCUAAAGGCAAUUAUGAUCCCCGACAUUGAAGUUAAUGAACUCAAGAGUUUUAAUUAAUAAUAAGUCCUUGAUCUAUGGAAUAUCUUAGAUAUGAUAAAUGAUAAUCAGAGGGAAUUAAUAAAGAGGGAUUUUCUUUAUAUUCAAAAUUGGAUCCAGGUGUUUGAUGAUCAAGAUUGGAAACCUCAUCUCAAUAAUACUCAAAAAUGUGUUCUCACUCACAUACUUGCAGCUUUAGAUGAUGUCAAAAUGUUUCUUGAAAAGAUCUAUCUCUAUAUUGAAAAUUAUAAAGACUUAAAUUUUAAGGCCAAAAUCAAAGAAUUGAAACUAUAUAUUGAUUAAAAUAACUAACUUAAGAAGUUAGAUGACUUAAAGGUUGAUGAUGGAAUCGAUGAAUAUUACAAAAAGAUUUGCUUGGAAUAUGGAUAUGAUUUGAGAGCUACACUAUUUCAUAAUAAUUAUAUUCCUUGUGUCUUUAAGAUUAUUCCUAAGAUGAAUGUUGAAGCACUAGAUGAUUAACUGUUAUAAGAUGUCAAUAAUGAUCAAUAAAAACUAAAGAAAUUCAUUUAUCAGGUUGUUGGUCUUUCAAGAAGCUAAGUGAUUAAACCUGGACAAUUAGCUCAAUCUUAGAAUGCCUUAUUCAUGCAAUAAUCUGAGGUACAGUUAAAUAAAGACAAAUAAAGAUAAGAGUUAUAAGAUUUAUUGAAGAAAACAAAUAUUAGCGUGCCAUCUUGUAAUGUAAAGAUUGUAACUGAAAAAUUAUGGAAAGAAUGUGCUAGAAUUGCAGUUCAUUACCUUAGAAAAUCAGUUAAAGGAUCAAACACUUUUCACCAAUUAGAAUAGAAUUUAGGAUUGCAAAUCUCAGCAUUAGAUUUCCUAAAUUAAUUCUACCCUUUGAUAAAUAAUUACCAAAAACUCUACACAUCAAGGAAUACCAUCACUUAAAGUAUAAUGUUUAACAAAAAAGAGGAAAAUCUAAGUUCAAUAUGGAAAUCCAAGAUAAUCAUUUUUCAAAUUUAUGAUGACUCUAGUAUGGCAAAUGAACUCCAUAUGACAUAACUCUUUAAUAUGUAUCUUGAGAUUAAAUAAAUUAAUAAAGAUGAUUUUUUCAAGAGGACUUUGCAUACUUCAUUACCCUAAGCUCUACUAGUAAAGCGCUUGGCUAAUCAUGAAAUUUUUUCAAGCAUUAAAAUGUGCUUGGAAUUCGAUUAAAUUAUUGUAGAAAAGUGUUCAAGCAUAGACUUCAUAAAAAAAUCUGAGUCCUUUCUUAAUAGAUUUGAUAAGCUCCAUUUAACUACAUUUAAAGAUGACAAAAUUGAGGGAGUUUCAGCAACUGAAUACUAUUUUCCAAAAUAUUAGAAAGAAAGAAAGAAUAUUCUUGUAAAGUUGAGAUAAAAUGGAGAGAUGACUAAUCUAUUAUUUGAGAUUUAUCAAAAUGAAUAAGAGCAACAAAUGAGGCUUCUCACUAAAGCAAUGAAAUCAAACUAUUAGGUUCUAGAAGGAAUAUUGAAAUAUGCGGGGGAGAAAGAUUAAAUUUCUGAAAAAAUUGUAGAUGUGAUUAAAAGUGAGGGAUUUUAAAGCUUAAAUGAUGAAGGCUUCAAAGAACUAAUUGAUUCCAUUCAAUAGAUUGCUUUUAGAACUUAGUAGCAGCCUCAAGCCUAAACUUUGGAGAGAAUCUACGACCUAUGA